AUGUAUUUAUCUCUUACUAUUGUCAUAGAUAAUCAUAUAUGCUCUCAAUUGGCCAUGACAGUUAUCAUAUCUGAUGAGAUAAAUGAAACCUAUCAGUGGAUUCUGGAGUGCCUAUUACGUGCUACUAAUGGUCUUGUGCCAAAAAUAUUGUUCACAGAUGCAAACCCUGCUAUGACUGUGGCUAUUUAUGAAACUAUUCCUUCAACUAAACAUAAUUAUUGCAUAUGGCAUAUUCAUAAGAACCUUGAGAAGAAUUUAAAAGGAAAGCUUCCAGUGCAAAAAUAUUUUGAAUGUGCCCUUGGUGUUGAUGUAACUGGUUGGGCACUAUGUUACACCCAUCACUUUUUUAAUGGUAGGAUACAAUCAACACAACAUGUAAAUGACUUGGAUGAUGCAGAUUUUUAUAAAUUAUACAAUUUGGAUUAUGAGGAUAUAAUAAAUCUAACAAAUGAUAUAAGUUUUGCCAAAGAUGAAUAUGAGUCUGUUAUAUCAAAUUUAGACUCAUUAAUUAAAUAUAUAGACCAGUUUACUAUUCAGAAGAUUUGGCACGUAGCAACUAUUGAACAGCAGAAAGAACACUUUGUAAUAAUUUGCAGAAAUGCCAAUCACCUGUGUACUUGGCAUUUGCCUAAUAAUAACAUAUCUAUAUAUGAGCAUCAAAUCAACUCAGGUUUCAAUUUUCUUAAUAAGAUUCAUCAUACUCAAAUAUUUUCAGAGACUGUCAAACAGAAUCUAUCUUGUCAAAUAAAAUACAAUCAAGGCCUUGGAUAUGCAAAAAAAGCAGUUGAUUUGGCUCUUGAAACUGGUUAUGAAAAUGAAUUAAAUAAACUUUUGAGAGAUUGGAUUAAUGAGACUGAAAGAAAGAUGAGUUACAAUUUAAAUGAGUCUAAUAAUAAGAACUUAUCAAAUAUAACUAAUCCUUAUUUAACACGUAUGAAGGAUGCUUCUAAAAAAUGUUUAAAAAGCAUAUUAGAAAAUUAUGUUUUCAAACAUCAUAAUCAAAAGACUGAUGAGCCAACACAAAGAAUUAAUAAAUAUACAGAAGAUUUGGGUGAUAAUAGGUAA